UCGCGUCACGUGACCGCGCCCAGCCAAGGCGGCAGCGGCGGCGCGGCGGCGGCGGCGGCGGCGGCGGCGGCGGCGGAGCAGCUGCGCCGCCAGCGUGGAGCGGGAGGCGUGUGGGUGUGGAGAGAAGGGAGCGCCGGACCGGAACGGAUGUGUACAUCUCAUGAUUGACAGGAAGAAACCAGUCAUGGGCCAGCGGUCAAGAUACAUCUCCAGGAAUUGCUGCUGAUGCUGCUUUACGAAGUCAUACAAUGAGCAUUCGCUUUAAGGAAGAUUUUCAUAUUUAAAAGAUUUUCAUCUUGGAAAUAUAUCAAGUGAAAAUUAGUCUUUUGGGAAACAUUUUCCUCCUAAUAAAUUAUACUUGUAAUGGGCGACAUGGCAAACAACUCAGUGGCAUAUAGUGGAGUCAAAAACUCUUUGAAGGAAGCUAAUCACGAUGGAGACUUUGGAAUCACGCUCGCAGAGCUGCGGGCCCUCAUGGAGCUCAGGUCCACCGAUGCAUUACGGAAAAUCCAGGAAAGCUAUGGAGACGUGUAUGGAAUUUGCACCAGACUGAAAACAUCUCCCAAUGAAGGUUUAAGUGGAAACCCUGCAGAUAUAGAAAGAAGACAAGUAGUGUUUGGAAAAAAUUUUAUACCUCCUAAAAAGCCAAAAACCUUUCUCCAGUUAGUAUGGGAAGCGUUACAAGAUGUCACUUUAAUUAUAUUAGAAAUUGCAGCCAUAGUCUCAUUGGGCCUUUCUUUCUAUCGACCUCCAGAAGGAGAAAAUACACUUUGUGGAGAAGUUUCUGUUGGAGAGGAAGAAGGUGAAGGUGAAACUGGCUGGAUUGAAGGAGCUGCAAUCCUCUUGUCAGUGGUGUGUGUGGUUUUAGUAACAGCUUUCAAUGACUGGAGUAAGGAAAAGCAGUUUAGAGGUUUGCAGAGUCGAAUUGAACAAGAACAGAAGUUCACGGUCAUCAGGGGUGGUCAGGUCAUUCAGAUACCUGUAGCUGACAUUACUGUUGGAGAUAUCGCUCAAGUGAAAUACGGCGAUCUUCUUCCAGCUGAUGGUAUACUUAUUCAAGGCAAUGAUCUGAAAAUUGAUGAAAGUUCAUUGACUGGUGAAUCUGAUCAUGUUAAAAAAUCUUUAGAUAAGGAUCCCUUACUUCUAUCAGGUACUCAUGUAAUGGAAGGCUCUGGAAGAAUGGUGGUUACUGCUGUAGGUAUAAAUUCUCAAACUGGAAUUAUCUUUACAUUACUUGGAGCUGGAAGUGAAGAGGAGGAGAAGAAAGAUGAGAAGAAAAAAGAAAAGAAAAAUAAGAAGCAAGAUGGAGCUAUUGAGAAUCGCAACAAAGCAAAAGCCCAGGAUGGCGCAGCCAUGGAAAUGCAGCCUUUGAAGAGUGAAGAAGGGGGAGAUGGUGAUGAAAAAGACAAAAAGAAAUCAAAUUUGCCAAAAAAGGAAAAAUCUGUUUUACAAGGGAAACUUACAAAGUUGGCUGUGCAGAUUGGCAAAGCAGGUUUGUUGAUGUCUGCCAUCACCGUUAUCAUUCUAGUAUUAUAUUUUGUCAUUAAUACAUUCUGGGUUCAGAAGAGACCAUGGCUCGCUGAGUGCACACCAAUUUACAUACAAUAUUUUGUGAAGUUCUUCAUUAUUGGAGUUACAGUUUUAGUGGUAGCAGUGCCAGAAGGUCUUCCACUUGCAGUCACUAUCUCACUGGCUUAUUCAGUCAAGAAAAUGAUGAAAGAUAAUAACUUAGUAAGGCACCUGGAUGCUUGUGAAACCAUGGGAAAUGCUACAGCUAUUUGUUCAGAUAAAACAGGAACAUUGACGAUGAACAGAAUGACAGUUGUUCAAGCUUACAUAAAUGAGAAACAUUAUAAAAAGAUUCCUGAACCAGAAGCUAUUCCACCAAAUACUUUGUCCUAUCUUGUAACAGGAAUUUCUGUGAAUUGUGCUUAUACAUCAAAAAUACUGCCACCAGAGAAAGAGGGUGGAUUACCUCGUCAUGUUGGUAAUAAAACUGAAUGUGCCUUGUUGGGACUUCUUUUGGAUUUAAAGCGAGAUUAUCAGGAUGUUAGAAAUGAAAUACCAGAAGAAGCACUAUACAAAGUCUACACCUUCAAUUCUGUUAGGAAAUCCAUGAGUACUGUCCUGAAAAAUUCAGAUGGAAGUUUUCGAAUAUUCAGCAAGGGUGCAUCUGAGAUAAUUCUGAAAAAAUGUUUCAAAAUCUUGAGUGCAAAUGGUGAAGCAAAAGUAUUCAGGCCAAGGGACCGUGAUGAUAUAGUAAAAACCGUGAUUGAACCCAUGGCAUCUGAAGGCUUGAGGACCAUCUGUCUUGCCUUCAGAGACUUCCCUGCAGGAGAACCAGAACCAGAAUGGGAUAAUGAAAAUGACAUUGUCACUGGCCUUACAUGCAUUGCUGUUGUGGGGAUAGAAGAUCCCGUGAGACCUGAGGUACCAGAUGCGAUAAAGAAAUGUCAGAGAGCUGGAAUAACUGUGCGAAUGGUCACAGGUGAUAAUAUUAACACUGCUCGGGCUAUUGCUACCAAGUGUGGUAUCUUGCAUCCUGGGGAAGAUUUCCUGUGCCUAGAAGGUAAAGACUUCAACAGAAGAAUUCGAAAUGAAAAGGGAGAGAUUGAGCAAGAGCGGAUUGACAAGAUCUGGCCGAAGCUACGAGUACUUGCAAGAUCAUCUCCUACCGACAAACAUACACUGGUUAAAGGUAUAAUUGACAGCACUGUCUCAGAACAACGCCAGGUUGUAGCUGUAACUGGUGAUGGUACAAAUGAUGGCCCAGCACUAAAGAAAGCUGAUGUUGGAUUUGCAAUGGGCAUUGCUGGAACUGACGUAGCAAAAGAAGCAUCAGAUAUUAUUCUCACCGAUGACAACUUCACGAGCAUUGUCAAAGCAGUUAUGUGGGGACGAAAUGUCUAUGACAGCAUCUCAAAAUUCCUUCAGUUCCAGCUGACUGUUAAUGUAGUAGCAGUGAUUGUUGCUUUCACUGGUGCCUGUAUCACUCAAGAUUCGCCACUUAAAGCUGUGCAGAUGCUGUGGGUUAACCUCAUAAUGGACACACUUGCCUCCCUGGCUCUGGCAACUGAACCCCCCACUGAGUCUCUCUUACUUCGGAAACCUUAUGGUCGAAACAAGCCUCUCAUCUCACGCACGAUGAUGAAGAAUAUUUUGGGUCACGCAUUCUAUCAGCUUGUGGUAGUCUUUACACUCUUGUUUGCUGGAGAAAAGUUCUUUGAUAUUGACAGUGGAAGAAAUGCCCCUUUGCACGCUCCCCCCUCGGAACAUUACACUAUCGUUUUCAAUACCUUUGUGCUAAUGCAACUUUUCAACGAAAUCAAUGCCCGGAAAAUUCAUGGGGAAAGAAACGUUUUUGAAGGAAUUUUUAAUAAUGCCAUCUUCUGCAUGAUUGUUUUAGGCACUUUUGUGGUACAGAUAAUAAUCGUGCAGUUUGGUGGAAAACCUUUCAGUUGCUCAGAACUUUCUAUAGAACAGUGGCUAUGGUCAAUAUUCCUAGGAAUGGGAACGUUACUCUGGGGCCAGCUUAUUUCUACAAUUCCAACUAGCCGCUUAAAAUUCCUUAAAGAAGCUGGUCAUGGAACACAAAAGGAGGAAAUACCUGAGGAGGAGUUAGCAGAGGAUGUGGAAGAGAUUGAUCACGCUGAAAGAGAAUUGCGGCGUGGCCAAAUCUUGUGGUUUAGAGGUCUGAACAGAAUCCAGACACAGAUGGAUGUAGUGAAUGCUUUCCAGAGUGGAAGUUCCAUUCAGGGGGCUCUAAGGCGGCAACCCUCCAUCGCCAGCCAGCAUCAUGAUGUAACAAAUAUUUCUACCCCUACACAUGUAGUGUUUUCCUCUUCUACUGCUUCUACUACUGUGGGAUUCGAGUGGUGAAUGCAUUUCGUAGUUCUUUAUAUGAAGGGUUAGCAAAACCGGAAUCAAGAAGUUCGAUUCACAACUUUAUGACACAUCCUGAGUUUAGGAUAGAAGAUUCAGAGCCUCACAUCCCCCUUAUUGACGAUACCGAUGCUGAAGACGAUGCUCCUACAAAACGGAACUCCAGUCCUCCACCCUCUCCCAACAAAAAUAACAACGCUGUGGACAGCGGGAUUCACCUGACAGUAGAAAUGAACAAGUCCGCUACCUCUUCAUCCCCAGGAAGCCCACUACAUAGUUUGGAAACAUCACUCUGAUUGUAAGCUGAAUGUUAACACACUAGCUGCAUUGUAAAGAAACAAAUUGAAACUGGGUCUUUUCACAUAUUGCGACGGACAAGAUAGUAUUCUUGUCUUUUGGACUUCAACAGAAGACACACUUGUACGAAUGUAGAUUUAUUUUUUUAAAAACAAAACAAACAAAAAAAGCAAAGCUUUCUGCCAGACUGAGGGUGCUUUUUGGGGGGUGGGAGAAAUGAACUGACAGAUAAACAGUAACUGGGCAUAAGUUCACCUGUGGAUCCUCAGGAGUACCUAAGAAUGGUCCUGCACAGUGUAUCGGCAGGGCAUUCGUUUAUCUCAACCUUUGAUGGGAGAGAGGGGGGAGUAACGCUGGGCAAGCACAGAGCCCUUGGAUCAGUGAAUUGAUACUUUAAUUUCUGCUGUUGGCUGUUAAUAAUUUGGAUUAUUUAUGUUUAUAAAUGAUACAGAUCUGUUUACAAGGUUUGUAGAUACUUUUUUUUUGUUGUUCCUGUUCAUAGAUGGAAGCUUCCUUAUAACUGAUGCAGAGAAAAAUUUAGUCCUUCAAAUACUGCUGUAUUUUCAGGGGAAAAAAUGGGGGCGGAUGUUUCUAUUGAAACUGUACUAAAUUUUUGCCUACAAUUUACCUUGUUAAAUAUUGUAGAUAAAUUGCUAAUACUGAUAGCCAAAUAGAUAACACUAAUGCUUUGUUUAAAAAAAAAUGAAAAAACAAAACAAACACGAGCAGUGGUGUUCUAAUGAAGUUAUGGCAUCUGUCCUAAUUAGUUUCUUAAAUACAUUUACUACUUAAUGGUUUUGAAACAACUGUUUAAUUUUUAAAUUUUUGGAAAACUUGCUAAUAACCAUUUGUUCAGAAUUUAGUAGAUUGUUCAAUGUGGGACAUCAACUACAUCAUGAAAGAUGCUUGAAAUGCUUUUGUUAUUUCAGGCAGAUCAAAUUAAAUCAAACUACAAGACAACUUUAGUCCUUUUUGUUUUUGUCUACACGUUAGCUCAGUGAUAUCUUGGUGAACUGUGAGUGAAUUGUGUUGAUUUUUCUAAUCUUUAGGAUCCUUCAUGCAGCAUGAGGGCUGUUGACAUUUUGAAAAAGGUUAAUAAGUAGAAGCAUACAUGUUUUUCUUUUUGAAACUUGUUUGUAACAUGAAUAUGCCCUUUUAUUAAAUAAAUAUACAGCCUUUUUUUUUUUUAAGACAUUUCAGCUUCUUUACUCAAGUCUAUAUAUGUGGUGCAUCAGUCUGUUCUUAACCACAACUGGAAUAAAUUUCAAGAUAGUAACAGUCCCAUGAAGUAUUGCUUCAGUUUCUUGGUGGAAGUCUAAUGGAACUAUUUAAGAAAAUUAUGGCUAUUUUACCAUUUGACGUAAUCUUCAUUGAAUUUAGUUUGUCUAAAAUAAUCUCACAGUUUAAAAAUAUAUAUAUUAACUACCACUGUUUUUGAUACAUACAUUUUAACUCCUAAGUGGCCAAAUAACAGGUGAGGUAAAGUGAAAUUAUAGGAAGAAGUAGAAACUGGCCUAGAAAAAUAAUACAUGUUUUAAGUAUAGUAGUUAACCAUUGUUGGAAUGCCCAUCUCUGAACCACUAGCUCUUUAUUCCUUUUGUCUGCCUUCUCUCCUCUUUUUGCUCUGUCUUUACCUUUUAGGAACUGGCAAGGUGUUAGGGCCCAGAUUUUACCAGAUACACUAUCCUCAGGCUGACUAAAGUUUACUAGGACCACCAAGACAUCUGAGAGUGCUACUGAUCCAGCAAAGAACAUUCAGUUGAUGGUGCUUGAUAUUUUUGGUGGGUGGGGGGGGAUCCUUUUCUCUCCAUCAGUCUUCUGUGGUAAUUCUCUCCAAGUCUUAGAGACACAUUGGCUCUGUCAGCAUUUGUAAUUGUACAUUUAUUCAUCUGCUAUUUAUAGUGAAUCAUACUGUAAAAAGAGGUAGCAUGUUAUGCUGGAAAGCAUGCCAGGCCUAGGAGUCAAGCCAAGACCUGAUUUCUAGUCUUGGUUUUGCCAUACAUGUGCUGCAUGACCUUGGGAAAAUCAUUUACCCUAAUAAGGGUGGGGGCCUAGACCGUCUCAAACCCUUUCAACUCUAAAAAAAAAGAAAAAAAAAAAAUAGACCCUAUCAACUGGAGAAGCCUGCAGGGCAUAGGGAAUAGAGAAAAGGGAAAAUGUUUUCAGUUUUCUUUUUUAUUUUGGUUAUGCUUAAAUAUGAAUGUAAUUUCCAAAAGAGUUAGAAGUGCAUGUGCUUUGGAGGAUUUGUAUUGAGCUUUCACAGCAUUCAUUUUUCAAGUCAAGGCAAUGGCUUUUCACACCAACUCUAACCCAUCAGCAGAUCUUAACGACAUCCAUGAAGUAAUAGCAAGACAUGCUUAGUAUGUAUUUCUCUCUUUGAGACACUGUAAUUUCUACCAGAAAUUUCCAGAGCAUUAUGUAAGUAGAAAAAAUGCGAACAAGCUGUUAAAAAAAAAAAAACAAAAAAACUUGGAUCCCAUUAUACAGUCUGUAUAGCUGAAAUCGGCAUCUGUAAUUCAAUCACUUUUUCUCUUUAAUCCUCUAACCAAAAAAUUGUUUAAUUUUGCAUCCCAAAUGUUUUUAAUCUUUGUAUAUUUUUUAAAAGUCCUUCUCUCCUCUUCAUUGCCUUUUUUUUGUGGUUAUAAAUAGACUUUCUUGCACUUUGAAGAUGAGUUACUUUUUGUCAUCUUACAAAUAUGUGAUAUGAUAAUUUUCAUAACAGAUGUCAGUUUUGAACCAAGAAAUGGUGAUUUGUUUAUAAGGAAAAAAAAAACUGGCUUCAUUUCUGUGAAACUGCUCUUUGAAAAUUUCUUUUUACACAUGUAAGCCAACUGAGAUACCGUGAUGGUGUUGAUUUCUUUCAAUGAUGCUUACCAUCUAUUUUAGCCACUGAGCCUUUUAUUAUUUGUCUAUUUGUAAAGUUUAUUUGUCUUAACUCAUUUAAUAAAUAUACUGUUUAUCUGUUUCUGAA